GGAUAGCUCACGUUUCUUUCCGCUGAUUGAGGCGCUAGCCCUAACGCUUUGAAGUCGAUAGUACUGGCCGAUUCACUUGAGGUUAUUACUGCAUUGAAUCAUAAAAAAGGCCUUUUAGAACUGAAAGCCUUCUCAAGAGUCCAAGUCGUCAUUCUUGCGGUUCAAGAUGCUUGAUCCGACCGUAAACGAAGCGCAGGACACUUUAGAUGGCUUGAAUUAUUUCAAGCUCACGCUGUUCGUAAUCAUCUUAGUUGCUGGCUUGUUGUUCAACACCUUACUUUUCCUGGCUGCGACCAGGAAGCGAGUGCGGCAUCGUCGUACCGCUAGGAGCUUCAUCAGGCUUAUUCAGAACCUGGCUAUUGCGGACAUUGCUCUGCUUCUGUUGGCAGUACCAUUUGACUCUGGCUGGUGGGCGCCUGAAGAUUUCCCUUAUGGUGGGGCCAUGUGCAAGAUCAUCUGGCCUCUGAAGACGGCAGCCUUCCAGGCAAUCGUUCUCACAUACGUGCUGCUUAGCUUCCACAGAACAUAUGGCGUCAAACAGGCGCUGUUCGGCCAGAUGAAUGACAUUUUCAUCAUCUUCGUCUUGUUCCUGGUGUGGAUUGGAAGUGUGCUGAGUGUUAUACCUUAUGUUAUUUUCCUGAACUAUGACGUUGCCAAGUUGUCUUGUGCAGAGAUGUGGCCGCUGCUGGAUGAUCGUCGUGCGUACAGUGCCAUCCUCUUCUUGCUGCAGUACCUCCUUCCGCUCAUGGUGCUCAUCGCCAUGUACUUUGUGGCAAGAUACGAACUCAGGAAUGCUGUAACCAAAGACCGCCAACUGCAGAAGCGUGCUGCCCGUCACCGACGAGUCAAUACAAUGCUCAUCGUAUACAUCGUGGUGUUUGCCGUCAUCACUCUUCCAGAGCAUGUCAGCAGGUUCGUGAUGGACUGGGGUCAGGGUAACCUGAAGCCGUACUUUUUCGCUGUGAUGAAGCUGUUGUACUUCCUCAUACUCAGUAUCACAGUCACAAAUCCUGUCCUGUUCUUCUACUACAACCCCGAGUUCAAGAAAGAUCUCUUUUACUUCCUCUUCCUUGGGUGUUUUCGUGGAUCAAAGGACGCGACCGACGCUAAGUCCGAAUCCUUCUCAAUCGAACUCCCUCCCCCAGGUACUUACACCACCGUGGAAUCACGCGCAACCACGAUGGAGAGAAGGCCAGAAGCUGCGCCCGGGUAUCCCGGCAGCCGACAUUCCUCCCGCCACGAGGACGAGAGGGACUCCUACCGCGGUAGCCGCGACCCUGUCAUUCCACGCGCAGGGAGUAGAGACCGCGUCCCCUCCUACCAUGGCAGCCGCGAGAAAAUGGGCUCGCGCCAAGGCAGCCGGCAGGAGAUGCCGAGGUAUGGCAGCCGAGACCUUCCUCCUGAGGACGACUACCCGGUCAAGCGAGGAAUACCAGAUGAUGAGUAUCGUGGCAGCAGAGAGAGACUGCCCCGUGACGAACCGUACCGAUCCCGCAGUCGCGAGCGUUUGCCUUCUGAUGAGUACCGCGAUCGCUCUCUCCCUCGCGACGAGCCAUACCGCUCGCGCAGUCGCGAGAGGCUUCCUGAUGACGAGCCGCCAUACCGUGGAUCCCGCGAGCCUGUCUACCCGCGGGAAGAACCCUACAGGUCCCGUAGCAGGGAGCGUCUGCCCGAGUAUGAGCCUCCGGAUCGUGGCAGCCGAGAGCGCAUCCCGAGGUAUGACGAUGUGCCGUACCGCGCUCCUAGACGUGAGGACUUUCCCCCUCGCGAGCCUGUUGACUUGGAACGUCGCUCCAACAUCUCCAGCGUUCGCGAUUACGAUCCUGAGAUCGAUGACGAUCAAGGCAGCGAGAUGCUUUAAGUUAGCAUUCAUUUAGGAGCUCAGAAAACUUUUCACUCCACAGGGGUACCGCAGGGAUACGCCAGGUGGAAAUUUAACUAACAAAAGCUCUAGUCAACUGCAACCGUAAAUUUAACAUUCUUUAUACGUGUCUUUUGGUGCACAAAAUUUUAAAUGUUAACACGAUAGAUAGUAACUUUUCAAGUAAAACCAUGAGUUGUUUUGUUUUAUGGCCCGUGAAAAAGUAUUGUCAGUGGCGUAGCCAGGAUUUUUAACAGGAGGGGGCCCAAAAGGCCCUUACAAGGCAUUUUCUUUUAUAUUUUAGAUAAUGUGUCAUAGAUUUACUGUAUUUUUUGCUGCUAGAAGGGGGGGGGGGGGGGUCGGGCCCCCUGAUCCACCCCCCUGGCUACGCCCCUGGGUGUAGUUUUGAAAUAGGUGGCAUGCACCCUUAUUUUGCUUUCUAUGAUUGCGUAAAAUACAUUGUUGUUGUGUGGAAUAAUUCCUUCAAACAUAAAUGAAUGUAAACCUAUGGAAAAUAGCGUUGCCGACCAGUAUGCCUCCCGAGGGGGAUUUUCUAGGGCUUCUAGAACCCACUACUCUAGCCAAGACUUAUAGCUUAAGAUGUGGAACAGCAAGGUGGAACGCCCCCUUCCAAUACCUCUCGGUACAGCCCUAUGAUAAACUAUAAUUAAUAGUGAUAAACCAUUGUGAUUAGUCUUUGGGAGACCCCAAGCUAGGUGUGAACAUAACCUGUGUUUGUGACCUGUAAGUUGUGUUCAUCAACAUUAUCAUUAGGAAAUUAGGGUACAGAUGUGUUCGGCAAAGUAGUUUAGGUAUAGUUAAGUAGUAUUUUUAUAAUCAUUUCUAUGCAUCUGUUGCCUUAUAUUUUUUAAUGAUUUCCUAUGUUGGUAGUAUCAUUUGUUCAUAUCUGGGAAGAGAUUCUGAUCUACCAAAUGAACAACAGAAAAACAGCCACAGGGCACCAACAGAAGAUUUAUGACAAUGGCUUUAGACAUACACGUUAUAGCAAUAAGUAUAAGAAAAUUUUAGAACAUAGCACUGCAUAAUUGUAUACAUAGGUUUGUAUUUGAACUUGUUGUGUAAGUGCACAAGGCUGAGUGGACAUUCAUGUAAUCACCAAGACAUUGCUUUCAUUACACAGCAGUCAAAGCACCUCCAUAACGAGGUGAGACACUUCCGAUGCUAUCAGCAUGUUCUUGCUAAAACCCUUUGCUAAGGGGGUUAAUUUUAUAGCUUUUGUAAAUGUUAGAAGGAAAUAAAAAGACUUGUUUACAUAA